ACUGUUAAGGAUUCAUUUUUCUUAUUUUUCAUUCAGGAAAUUUAAGGGCUGGAUUAGCGCCGAAUUGAUGCAACAGUGGCCACAAAUGAUGAGUCACAGCCAAAGAUCCACGGCUCAUGUUGCUCCCUUUUGGCGGGAAAAUCAGAUGCAGCUGUGGGCGACAGACAGCACAGAGCGCGUGAGUGGAAAUUUCCCGUGUUGGAGAGGACAACACCGACGACAGGUACAAAUUUCUGUACACGUGGGACCCUCCGACGAAUAUCGGGUGUCUCUUUCUUUACGUUCUCUAUUCUACGUUGCUUCAUUUCUUUUAUUGAAUCAUUCUGCUAAUUGACAAAGUCACCCCUUACCCCUUAAAAUUUAACUGUUUUUUUAAUUACGAUUUAAUUUUUAUAAUAUAAUUUAAAGAAUUAUAAAUAAAAAAUUGUCAAAAAAAGGUUGUUAGUAGUUUUUUAAUUAUUCUUCAACAACAAAUGUCCACUUUAAUUAUAUAUCUUUCGGUGCAACUAUUGUUUCAAAAUAUAAUAGCGUGUGAUAGCUAUUUUAUUUACUUUUGUAAUAGUGGAUGCAUCCAUUAUUAGAUUAGCAAGUGAUCCAUCAUGGCAAGUUGGUGUUUUAUAGUUGGAGGUUGACAUUAAAUAUCAAUAUAGUACUUAAUGGUACUAACGGCCAACAAAACUAUAUUAGUUGGUAUUUUCUUAGAUUUAAAAUUGUUAGUAAUUGGACAUUUCUUUAUCAUAUUUACGAAGUGUCUAGGUAUCUUUUGAAUAUUGGUUUGGGGCAGGUAUAGAAUGGUAUUUGUUUUAUCAAAAUUUUGAAUGACAUUAUAAUAUUUGCGCUAUAAGUUAAGGUCUAGAUAUUUUGACAAGUUUUUAUUUUUCAAACAUGGUAGACUUGUUUCUAUAAUAUUUUCACUGUUUGAUUUCAUAGAACUUAAAUUGGCAACUUAUUAGUAGCAUAAAGUGUUGAUUUAGAGAUAACAUUUCGAAUUGUGGUUAAAAGGUUACUGUUUCAUCAGCUCUGGAAUCCAAAGUCAUAUAAGAAGAAAAUUUCUUUUCUCACACUGAAUAAUGCUGAGAAAAAUUGUUGCACUUUAUUUCUUAAAUUUAAACACGAGACUUUUUGCACAUCGCAAAUAGGAUUUAUUCUCAACAACAUUCUGAUAUCACUAAAAUGCAAUUACUGUUUGACAAGACAAUGGAAAAAAAUGACAACACGACAUUGUUAUAAACAAAUACGGGCUUAAGAAGGUACUUGUGUUAAAAUAUUAUGAAAUGUGGGAAACAUUGCUCAAUGCUCUAGAAUCCAAUUUUCUAACAAAAGAAACUCAGUUGUAUUUGUUUAGAAAAAGCUUGUUGCUGGAAACAAUUUAUAAUUGUAGAAAGAAAAUAAUAAUUGUACGAAAAAGAGGGAAGGAGAAUAGAGUAAUUUCGGAAAUAUAGUUGAUGCAAACGAAAUAGCGCAAAGUCAACAAGUCAACCGGAGUAACUUCUCAAAACCAAACCCACAUUAGUGCGGUGUUGCAUCAUGUCUUCUCUCUCUCAGCGCAUGAUUGAAGACCCCAACCUCCAACGAUGACGUGGCACUAAUCCAUUCGUUCAUUCCCUCUCGUCGGGAUUCAUACCAACAUGUUUUCAUUACUUUCUCUCUCUUCUGCUCUGUCUCACACCCAAACGUGCCUUCUCUUUUUCAUCCCUGCGAAAUUCUCAUACUUUUUCUCCUCUAUCCUAUCCCUUUCCGCUGCCAAAAUUCUCACGCACUUCAUAAGCAAUGCAUGAUAUUCUCAGCGAACGCGGUUUCGAUCUUUAAUUUGCCUCAUUUUUAACCGUUUUUUUUUUGUUGCUGAGUGAAAAUGCUUGAAGCAAUGGAGAGUUCAGUGAAUGGUGGGUUCUCACAGUUGCAGAACUGUGGAGAUAGUAGCGAGGAAGAGCUCUCUGUGCUUCCUCGUCACACCAAAGUGGUUGUAACUGGAAACAACCGCACCAAAUCCGUGCUCGUUGGUCUUCAAGGUGUUGUUAAGAAGGCUGUUGGGUUAGGCGGGUGGCAUUGGCUGGUUCUUACCAACGGCAUUGAAGUGAAGCUACAGAGGAAUGCUCUUAGUGUGAUUGAAGCACCCACUGGGAAUGAGGAGGAUGACGACCUUGAAUUUGAAAAUAUGCAGUGGAAUGGAUCAGAUAUGGCAUCGGACAACAAUCGAAAGUCGCACAAAUCAAGGCACAAAAUGCAUAAAUCGUUGGGAUCAUCUCAUAUGAGCUCGAGCAGGUCCUUCUCUGGUGAUUGGCAGUCCAAGGAAUCCAUUUCUAUGUCUCAUGGGUGGACGAAGGUUGACUUAAGCAAAUUGGAAAUGGCUGCAUUGUGGAGAUAUUGGCGACACUUCAAUCUGGUUGAUGUUGUUCCAAACCCAUCAAAAGAACAACUUGUAGAUGUUGUUCAGAGGCAUUUCAUGGCACAGCAAAUGGACGAAUUGCAGGCGAUUGUGGGAUUUGUUCAAGCUACAAAGAGGCUUAAGACUAUGCAAAUGAUGGAGUGAAGCAAAAUGAGGAUAUUUAUGUAAUAUUGUGUAUGCUAACAAAGUUAAUGGCGUCUAAUAUGAAUAUCCACUUCCCUCUGUAGUCUGUACUAUGCAUCUUCUGGAGCUAAAUUAGUAGUAGGUUAGUAAUGUGAGGUUAUAGAGGCUCUUGCUCUUUUGUAUCUGCCUAGUUAUGUAGAUAUGUGACCUCGCCAUUGGAUCUUCAGGGAAGUCUCCUCGGCUUCCUUUUCUAAGCUUUGAUUAAAUGUACUGCUGACCUGGGAAGUGGGUUUCCUCAGACCUUAAUGUAUAUAUUUUGUUCUUCUAACUUUGAUUGUUCUGUUUUGUUCGGUUGGGUGCCACUGCAAACAACCUUUCAUGAGUGGAGUGGUGAUUAACCUAACUAUU